AUGUCUACUAAAGCGCUUAUCAUCACGUGGAUCAGCAUGUGUGUGAUCCUGUUGUACAGCAAUUCAACGCUCUGGAUCGUCGUGGCUUCUUCAAUGGCUUUUGCGACGAUUCGGGUAGUGAUUGUCCCGCUUGCUUUAUCCAAGGUGAAGUCGUUUCCUGCCUUGUCGACGUUCAGCCAACUUUUGUGCAGCAAUACAGCAGUAUCAAUACUGCAUUCGGCACUAUCGUCGGCGCUUGCAAUUUUUGCACUGCUUACGUCACACUCACUACAUGGCGAUUACGUAAAUACUGUCACGAGAAGCGAAUUCGUCGCCACCUCUGUUUCAACGGGAUACUUUGCGUAUGACUUGUGGGAUUACGUGGUGAACGGUCUUUACAUCAAGUCUCCAGGCAUCGUUCUACACCACGUAGUGGUGCUCAGCUGCUACAUUUCUGCGCUCACCAGAAAGUCUUCAUUAUUACGAUGGGUCUGGCGCGCGCAGUGGACAUCUUUCGCCUUGGUUCGGUUCUUGCCUCACGUGAUCGUUGCCGUGCUGACAUAUCAAGCAAGACCUGUAUUUUUGUCAUGGCGUUCAGUGGAAUCAUAUUCAUUAACGUGCUUAAUGCUCAGCUUCUCCUCCAUGUUUGCAAUGCUUAUCAAAAGGACUAUUCUACUUUACUCAUUUCGUCGUCUUCCAUUACGAAAUCGUCCUGAUGUGAUUGGGCUGGUAGUCAAUAACUGUUAUAGAGCGAUUGAUUGCAUCACGAAGAAGCAAACGCACUUAACAACUGUCGUGAAAGGACGCUGGUAA